CGCACUGCUCAGCAGCCGGCGCUCCCGGAUCUGUCGGCGCGUCUUCCCGGCCGUGUGCUGCGGGCCGUCCCUGGGCUGUAACCAUGAACCGCAGCCGCCAGGUGACCUGCGUGUCCUGGGUCCGCCGCGGCGUGGCCAAGGAGACGCCCGACAAGGUAGAGCUCAGUAAAGAAGAAAUAAAACGUCUCAUUGCUGAAGCAAAGGAAAAAUUAGAAGAAGCUGGGAGCGAUGAAGAGGAAGUGGCGGAGCCGGCGGACAGCAACAUGCAGAGUGCCCGUGCCGAGGCGCGGCCCCAGGAGCUGGAGGAUGGAGACCCGGAGGACGACAGGACGCUGGAGGACGAUGAGCUGGCCGAGUACGACUUGGACAGAUACGACGACGAUGGUGACCCAGAUACCGAAACUCUUGGUGAGUCUCUCAUGGGUCUUACAGUAUAUGGAAGCAACGAGCAGGAUCCUUACGUCACCCUGAAGGAUACGGAACAAUAUGAGCAGGAAGAUUUCGUGAUCAAGCCCACUGACAACCUCGUGGUUUGUGGCAGAGCUGAACAGGACCAGUGCAAUUUGGAGGUGCACGUUUACAAUCAAGAAGAAGAUUCUUUUUAUGUGCACCAUGAUAUACUGUUGUCUGCAUACCCUCUGAGUACCGAAUGGCUGAAUUUUGAUCCGAGUCCAGAUGAUUCUACUGGAAACUAUAUUGCUGUGGGAAACAUGACCUCCGUGAUUGAAGUGUGGGACCUGGACAUAGUCGACACUCUGGAGCCAGUCUUCACGCUCGGGAGCAAGCCCUCAAAGAAGAAGAAGAAGAAAGGAAAGAAGGGCUCCACGACCGCGGAGGGGCACUCGGAGGCUGUCCUUGACCUCUCCUGGAACAGACUUAUCAGAAACGUGCUUGCGAGUGCUUCCGCGGACAGCACCGUGAUCCUGUGGGACAUGGCCGUGGGCAAGCCGGCAGCCAGCCUUGCUGUGCACACAGACAAGGUACAGACUCUUCAGUUCCAUCCGUUUGAAGCACAGACUCUGAUUUCUGGAUCAUACGAUAAGUCCGUAGCGCUGUACGACUGCCGGAGCCCAGAGGACAGUCACCGCAUGUGGCGCUUCAGCGGGCAGAUCGAGAGAGUGACGUGGAAUCACUUCUCGCCGUGCCAUUUCCUGGCCAGUACAGAUGAUGGUUUUGUGUAUAACUUGGAUGCCCGCUCAGAUAAGCCCAUUUUUACACUCAAUGCGCACAAUGAUGAGAUCUCUGGGCUUGAUCUCAGCAGUCAGGUCAAGGGCUGCCUUGUCACGGCAUCCGCAGACAAGUAUGUGAAGAUCUGGGAUAUACUGGGAGACCGGCCGAGCCUGGUUCACUCCAGAGACAUGAAAAUGGGAGUUCUCUUCUGCUCUUCAUGUUGCCCAGAUUUGCCGUUUGUUUAUGCUUUUGGAGGUCAGAAAGAAGGGCUUCGGGUCUGGGACAUCAGCACCAUCUCUUCAGUAAAUGAGACGUUUGGAAGAAGAGAAAGGCUUGUUCUCGGGAAUGCAAGAAGUUCAUCAGUGAACGGCCCUUUGGGGAGCCGGGGCUCGGAUGCACCGAUGGAGUCGUAGCGAGACCAGUUUCACGGUUUCCUUUUUACCGUAACCCAGAGGUUCAAAAGCAGCCUGAAGUAUUUCGUGCAGUGACUGGAACAAAUUCAUGGCUGUGACCUGACAUUCCUUCCUGCCAUGUGGUGGCGGCAGAAACGAGGCCAGUGCGUGUGAUGGGAAUUCACAGAGUAGAGACUCCUGCUGCCUUCUCUGAAAAGGAUAACAAAGGUUUGGGGGCGGGGGGAGAUACUCAAAAGGCCAGAGCACGUGCUCUGUGUGUGGCAGCCUUGGGGGUGAUUCCCAGCACCUCAUGGUCCCCAAGCACCUUCUGAACCACCCUCCCAAAUUAAAAGGGUUUUUGGAAAAUGAUCUGACUAAGGUUGUACGGUGCAGCACAAACAGGCCGUGGCCGGAACUCUCCUGCCUAGAGCGCUGACCGACUGCUCGUGAUUCAGAAGUGUUCUUAGUACCACUUGGGGGUCAGUGUUCCUAAUAAGAGGCACCGUGUAGUGAUAAAGAUUUACAAACCGAGCGAAGGAACAUCUAAAGGGAGAAAUAAGCAACAGAUUCCAUGCACUUCUCAAGCACACGUGGCUGGAUCAUAAGUCAUCCCACAAACACAGCCUUAAGCCAUGAUGGAAAUACCUGGGUCUUAGGCCAGCGCUGUAGCUCAGUGGUAGAAAACUUGUCCUGAACGUGUGAAGCCCUGGGUUUGAUCCUGUGCACUGCAGAAGGAAAGUUAGUCUCAUUUGGGGCCAGAGAGUUAGUACAGCAGAUAAGGUGCUUGUCUCUCACAGCCUACCUAGGUUUAAUCCCUGUCAUCACAUAUGUUCCCCGGGGCAUUAUUAGGCGUGAACUCUGAGCACCACCAGGUAUGAUCCAAAAACAGAAGGGGCCGGAGCGAUAGCACAGUGGGUAGGGCGUUUGCCUUGCACGCAGCUGACCUGGGUUCGAUCCCCGGCAUCCCAUAUGGUCCCCCAAGCACCGCCAGGAGUAAUUCCUGAGUGCAAAGCCAGGAAUAACCCCUGAGCAUCACUGGGUGUGACCCAAAAAGCAAAAAAAAAAAAAGUAAGCAUCUUUUGCAACCAAAGUGAUACGAAACUGGGAGUCAAUCAUAAGAAAACUUGAAAAUUCCCAAAUAUGUGGAGAUUAAACAAUGACUCGAAAACCUUUGAGUCAAAUGAAAAUGUACCAAAACUUAUGGAUGAAGUAACAAGUGGUUCUAAAGGAUGCUUAUAAACACCUAUAUCAAGGAACAGAGACCUAAAAUAAACUAUUACACCUCUAUAAAAAGGAUAGAGAGGGACCAGGGAGAGUUAAGGUACUUGCCUUGCAUCCAGCCAGCACCAUAUACGGUCCUCUGAGUACCCCAAAACAGAUGAAAAGAAACAGCUCCAAAAGGUCAGAGGAGAAAUGAAGACUGAAAAGGCCAAAUUUGUUGGGUUUUGUUUUGGGGUCACACCCAUCAAUGCUCAGGGGUUACUCCUGGCUCUGCACUCAGGAAUUGCUCCUGGAGAUGUUCAGAGAACCAUACAGAAUGCCAGGAAUCGAACCCAGUUUGGCUGUGUGCAAGGCAAAUGCCCUACCCAUUGUACUAUGGCUCCAGCGCCUGAAAAGACCAGUUUCUGAACAAAACUGACAAACGUUUAAGAGAAAGGAAUCAAAGUCGAUAUUACAAUACCACAGAAAUAACAAAAGAUCAUAAAAGACUACAGUUACAGACUACCAAAUUAAAUAUCCUGGAAAAAGAAAAUAAAUUCCUAAAAACAGCCUACCCAUCUUGAGCUAGAAAACCAGAACAGAUUGAGAAAAAGAUCGAAUCACUGUUUUAGAAAUAAUAAACUAAAGCCCAGAACUGGACAGCAUCACUGAUGAAUUCUACCCAGCCACCAAGCAAAAUGCCAGUCUCGCUAACUUCCUCCAAAGUAGGGCUGUCUCGGGGCUUAUUAUGUUAGACCAUUAUUCUCAUGCCAAUGUGAGACAAAGACUCAAAUUAUAU